GCUCAAUUGGAAACGCUGAGCCAGAACUCAAAACUGGCGGAUGAUGUUUCGAGGCUAUAGACACGGAAGCAUGGGCGACCAGCACGUCUGAUCUAGAGUGAUGUUGUUGAUCUUUUGCUUCCUAGGCCUCGUGCUCAUCGACGCUGCUGCACUUCCGAAAGGCGUGCCUCACACGAUUGGUAGGAGGGCUGAUGGACGCUGUGAUCUGUGUACGCUCGUUGUUCUCACUUCCUCAGAUAAGUAUCGUCCCGUGCAGAGCAACCAGUAUCGCUGCUACGUGUCCGAUGAGCUGAUUGACUUCAGCUUCGUUAACGAUGAUUUCUGUGACUGCCUUGACGGCACUGACGAGCCUGGCACGGCGGCGUGUGCGGGCAGUCCAAGCGUGGCCGCCUUCUGGCACGCACACGGCGAGGAGGCUGCUUUUUCUUCUACAUUCUACUGUCCACAAAAGGGUUCGAAGCCCAAGGUGGUCCCUGCAUCAGAGGUCAACGAUGGAGUCUGCGGUGAGUAAUCAGUGAUGAGACUGCACGAGGUGCAGUAGUGUUGGCUCGUUUCUAUGCUGGUUGCAGAUUGCUGUGACGGGUCUGACGAAUGGCAGGGCCUGACCCCGUGCAAGAACACAUGCUGGGACGAGGGAGCCCUUUUUCGUCAGCGCAAGCAACAGAUCGAGCAAGGCAUCGCCAGGCGUGAACGUUUCGUUAAAGAGGGCCAUACGGUCCUUGCAAGCGUCAAGGCCGAGCUGGAAAAGGAGAAGGCAACCCUUCCACAACACGAGGCUACGCUCAAGGAACUCGAAAGUACGUGCAUCGCACGUUCGUGUGGAUGGAACACCAACUACCGUGUCUGUAUUCCUGUUGCCGCAGAGGAGGAGGAUGAGUUGAAGCGGCUUGAGGCCGAAAAGAAGGCCAAAGAGCGAAAGAAGGAAGAGGAAGGGGAGAGCCAGGAACAACAGCAGCCACUGCAGUCAGAGGAAGAAGCCCUCCCACCCGUCAGCAAUGUCGAACCCGCCACGCAAGCCGAGGAGCCCUCUCCCUCCCCUCCAACCCUUCCCCCUGCCCCUGCCUCUCCCCCCGUCCAGCAGGACGACGACCUGGAUGCGCUUGACGACGAUGAGGUUCCGACGGACUGCCACGAGUGGGGGGAGGACGGCAAGUGUCACGACAAGGACCACGAGCACGAUGAAGACGAGGAGGGCUUAAUCGGAGAGGAGGACGAGAUGGACGAGGACGAGUACUAUGAAGAGGGGGAGGACAGAGAGUGGGAGGAUUCGAGAAGGCGAGCUGAGGGCAGUCCCGAGAACGCUACAGGUGAGUGGCCAGGAUAGUGCCGUUCGAUGCGUGCAUGGAAGUGUGCAUGUAUUGGGCGGGGAGAGAGGACGAGAGAGAGAAAGAGAGAGAGACAGAGAGAGAGUGAAGACGCGAAGACGCGGGUCAGUCGUUUUCAGAGCUGAUCCUUUGUAGCUCCCGUACGUCUCUGUGCUGCCCUGUCAGAUCUAGGCCGUCUACAUAGGGGCUUUGUGUUUUAUGUCUUUGUGUAGGUGCGCUGGGCUGGUUGAGGCAGUGGCGCGUCGUGCGGUGGCUGAUGAGCAUAGGCACAAAAGUCAAAGAACAAGUCAAGGACACGGCCACUCGACUCACUGCCUCCAAGCCACGCACAGGCACGUCACUGACUAGCUUGUACUGUGUCGUGUUGUAUUCUAUGUACUGUACCACACUGCGUGGGCUGCCGUGAACAUUCUCAUGCUGUCACGACGUCAUCGGUUUGUUUUGGGCAUUGGGUAUUCUGUGUCGUGUUCAGAGCUCGACAAGAUUCGCACCAAGGUGUCGGACACCCGUCACCACGUCACUGAAGCCAAGAAAAAGAUCGACCACCUUGAGAAGAAAGCGAAAGACCUCGGUAAGGGAGCCUCUGCGUUAUUUCGUCUUGUGCGCUCGCGUGUCUGUGCAGAGAGCAAGCCUGAGUAUGCGCAUCUGUAUCACAAGUGUGUCGAGACAAAUUCAGACGGGUAAGAACGUGACACACGUUACGUGCUUAACGAUGUUUCUUUGCCAGUUACGUUUACGAGGUCUGCUUCUUCAAGGAUGCUCACCAGAAGAAAGACCAUCAUAGCACCAAUCUUGGGUGAGUUUUGCAUGCUGACCAACCAGGUGCACAGCGUGCUACUCAUUUGCGUGCUAUUAUACCUUGUGCUCGCAGCCGCCGAUGGAAGUGGGAUAUCAGUACCGGGAAUCUUGACGAGGACGUCAUGCUCCUGGAGGGAGGGCAGAGCUGCUGGAACGGCCCUGCGCGGUCACUAAAGGUAUGCAUCGACGCCGUCAUUUGAAAUGUCUGCAGAGCUGCCAGCAAUCUCCCACCUCAGGUUCGUUUCGUGUGUGGCAUUGAAGAGAAGCUCCAAAACGUAAGCGAGAAGACACAUUAACUGACGCGGAUCACUCAGGCACGAACCAUUAGGUAUCGGAGCCGUCAAGGUGUGUAUAUGAGGUCAACAUGAUGUCACCGGCGGCAUGCAGACCUCAUCACGUAAGACACGUAAAGGCAUGAGCACGUCACAUAUAGCACUUUCCAUUUCGUGCAGUUGGACGAGUUCAAAUUCCUUGGUGAUUCAUCGCAGCAGCAACAUGAUGAACUCUAGCGACUAGUGUGUGUCUGUGUAUUCUUGAGUUUUGGUGCGGUUUCUUCGGUUUUCGACUAAUUCGCGAUUCGUGGAUGGCACAGUGUUGUCUUUAUUGUGUAUCGUGGCCCCGGGCCGUGCAUGAGACAGCAGAACAGAGUUGUCCCAGCAUUCACUGCUGAAAAAUGUUGCCUGAGAUUUCGCACACUAUUCUGUGCACCCACGACUGAAAAGCAGAAAAGGCGCG